AUGGCAAACUCGCCUACUCCAUCAGAGAUCUUAUUGGCAGGACUUUCGCCAUCCCGGAAUGUGUCACCCCUCCGGAUCAGAGGUAGCUGGAGCCGUUCGGGAUGUGUAACUUGUAAGAGGAGGAGGAAGAAGUGUGAUGAACAGAAGCCGAAAUGCGGAAAUUGUAUCAGAUUAGGCCGUGACUGUGAGGGCUAUUCAAACCUAUGGAUCACGCCAAUGAGUACAACCACAACAACCUUUCAGCAGCAAUCAGAAACAAAACGCCGAAAAGUAUCAAAAAUCUGUCACGGUGAUGAGAGCACUCGGUCGCCUUCUUCGGGGUCAACUCCAACAAGUAGCCCGAGUGAAAAUGCAUUCUAUACAAGCUACCCACCAACGCCAGAUUCAAUUUUCGCCCCUGAUGCAUUAAAAAGUUACGAAAGUGAAGACAGCUACAGAGCGUUGACCGUUGCUUCUAAUCAAGGACCAAGAUUCGAAAAUGGCAUCAGCCGUUCACUCACAUUAUUCCAACCACUUGAAGCGUUUUAUAUACAAUACCACGUUGAGCGAGGAUCCCACUUGGUACUAAACCUCCAAAUGGAACGGAACCCUUUGAAUGAAAUCUUAAUCCCACGAGCAUUAUCAUCGCCACUCCUCCUCAACGCUCUCUGCACUUUAUCAGCAGGCCAUAUGUCAAACUGGGAGUCAUCAAACCAAGAUACGUUGCAAAAAGCCGAAAUGAUAUAUUAUGGCAAAACACUGUCUGGUAUUCGGAAUGCAUUGACGGAAUUGUCGCAGCUGGUUUUUAUGAGCCCAGCAUAUAUUACUUUACUUGAAGAGUUGCUGGCUACUGUUGCUUCGCUGUGCAAAUAUGAGGCUGUCAGGGGUUCGGUUAGGUCUUGGAGAGGACAUUUAGAAGCCUUGCAGAGGCUUGUAAUCUCUUGUGGAGGCUUGAUUAAUCUUGAUCGGGAAAUUGCCGAUUGGCUUUCUGGCUUGUUGACAUACUGGCAAUAUAUGGCCAAUCUCAUGACUCCCAACCUCAAACCACGAUUGACAUUUUGCGAAAGUCUUUAUACCACUCCCAAGAUUGACAUAUACUUGGGAUGUAGUGAACAAAUCGUGAAGGUUUGUUCGCGGAUUGCAGAUCUUCGCAGAGUGGGUGAUUUUGCUUUCUUAAACCGGGAGAUUGUCGAUAUAAACGAAUACCUUACCAAUUGGUCUUGUAGAGAGCAAUCCUUCAUCAUUCCCAAAGGCAUCACAGAAGCAGCAAUUGACCGACUCGAAAUGGUGGCGAACUGUUUCCGCUACGCAGCAUUUAUAUUCCUACAUUCUAGUCUGGAGAGAAUGGCAUGGCCUACCACAACCACUAUGGUAAAUCCCAACAUAUGGGAGAAACUUCGCUCUCAGAUCUCCCAUUCGAAAUCCCAAGCCCUACAAAACAUCGUGACCCUUCUCCAUUCCAAUCCACCGGAUAACAACACCGAAUACUCAGCACUCACUUUCCCGCUCUUCAUUGCUGGAUGCGAAUGUGAAGGCAACGAAGAGCAAUUGACAUUAAUUCUUGGUGCACUCAAGACUCUGGAAGUCAGCUUUGGGAUUCGCAAUACAAUCCGCGCUCAGGAAAUGAUUGAGCUUUAUUGGGGAUCGGAUUCGCUGAGGCAGAGAAGGCACUGGCUAGAUCUUUUGGAGGAUAUGGAUUGGGAUCUACUCUUGGUCUGA